CUCCAACAAGCUAUCGUCAUGCUUUUCUGACCACAACCAACAGCAGCUCAGCUAACCCAGCUAACCUUUCCGACUCGGUUAGCCACUUAGCUUAGCCUACUUUAGCUUAGCUUAGCGUAGCUCGGCUCUGCCCUGUCCCCGGGAGCAGGCUGCGGUUAGCUUCGUUUCUCCAUGGACGUUUCCUAAAACAACUUGUGAUAUUUUCGUGUUCACCGCAUCAGACUAAGGAGGGCAGCAGCGGACCUGCAGUUUUACCAUUAGCAGCUGUCUUAACGUUAGCUUACCAGCUAACUGAAUGGUAAUGGUAUACAGCUGGUUAGCCGGUUAGAAAUCUGUUAUUUUAUUCUGGAUAUUUCACUGGUUAGCUGACCUAGCUGCCUUCCUUAUUGUCCAGCUGCACAAGAAGUAAGCUAAGCCGCGAAAUCAUGUCUUGUGCCUGCACUUCAGCGGCGAGACUGAUCAUAAAUUCAGCACAUAAAGGAAUCUCUGGCUCAAGAUUACAGCUGCUCACUCUGAGUCGAGCAGGAUGUCAUGAAAUUCGUCUGAGCCGUAAUGUCCCUGUCAGACCCUUCUCAGAGACAUCUGUGUUCUAUGCAUCUAAAGAUGGGAUAAAAGAUGGAGAUGGUGGAAAGAAGUCUGUGAGUGAAGGAAGUGGGAAAAGAUCCGGCUCGGGCAACUCGGGGAAAGGUGGAAGUCAGCUUCGCUGCCCUAAAUGCGGAGAUCCCUGCACACACGUGGAAACCUUUGUCUCCUCAACUAGGUUUGUCAAAUGUGAAAAAUGCCAUCACUUUUUCGUGGUGCUGUCGGAAACAGACACGAAGAAAAGUCUGAAUAAAGACCCAGAAUCAGCUGCUGAAGCUGUGAAGUUGGCCUUCCAACAGAAACCACCACCACCUCCCAAGAAGAUCUACACCUACCUUGAUAAGUAUGUUGUAGGCCAGGCCCAUGCGAAGAAGGUGCUGUCAGUGGCUGUGUACAACCACUACAAGCGGAUUUACAACAACAUGCCGGCAGGUUCCAGACAGCAGCAGGUGGAGGUGGAGAAGCAGGGCUCCCUCACACCCCGAGAGCUAGAGCUAAGACGUCGGGAGGAUGAGUACAGAUUCACAAAGCUGCUGCAGAUUGCGGGGAUCAGCCCCCAUGGUAACGCUUUGGGAGCCUCCAUGCAGCAGCAGGUGAACCAGCAGGCUCCUCAGGAGAGGAGAGGAGGAGAAGUGCUCGAUUCCAACCACACAGACAUCAAACUGGAGAAGAGCAACAUUGUGCUGCUGGGCCCCACUGGCUCUGGCAAAACACUCUUGGCCCAAACUCUAGCCAAAUGCCUGGAUGUUCCUUUUGCAAUCUGUGACUGCACCACCCUCACGCAGGCUGGCUACGUGGGAGAGGACAUAGAAUCGGUCAUUGCCAAACUACUGCAGGACGCCAACUACGUCGUUGAGAAAGCUCAGCAGGGCAUUGUUUUCUUGGAUGAAGUGGACAAAAUUGGCAGCGUGCCUGGAAUCCAUCAGCUUAGAGAUGUUGGUGGAGAAGGAGUUCAGCAGGGUUUACUCAAACUUCUGGAAGGCACAAUUGUGAAUGUUCCUGAGAAAAACACCAGGAAGCUGAGAGGUGAGACGGUGCAAGUCGAUACUACAAACAUCUUGUUUGUCGCAUCUGGUGCUUUUAAUGGACUGGAUCGCAUAAUCAGCAGAAGAAAGAAUGAGAAGUACCUGGGCUUUGGUGCACCAUCUAAUCUGGGUAAAGGCCGACGGGCAGCAGCAGCAGCCGAUGUGGCCAACAUCACAGGCGGUGAGGUGGACGCGGUGGCCGAGAUUGAGGAGAAAGACCGGCUCCUGAAGCUUGUGGAGGCACGAGAUCUCAUCGAGUUUGGCAUGAUCCCGGAGUUUGUGGGCCGCCUGCCAGUGGUGGUGCCGCUGCACAGCCUGGACGAGGACACGCUCGUGCGCAUCCUGACCGAACCCCGCAAUGCUGUGGUGCGCCAGUACCAGGCCCUCUUCAGCAUGGACAAGUGUGACCUAAAUGUGACCACAGAUGCCUUGCGGGCGAUCGCCAGAAUGGCACUGGAACGUAAGACAGGUGCUCGUGGGCUUCGGUCAAUAAUGGAAAAACUGCUGCUGGACCCCAUGUUUGAAGUGCCACAUUCUGAUAUUGUAGCUGUGGAGAUAAACAAGGAUGUGGUAUUUGGAAAAGAAGAGCCUCAUUAUGUAAGAGCACCAGCAAAAGAGGCAGCAGAGGAGGAAUACGACUCUGGAAUUGAAGAAGACAACUGGGCCCGGCAGGCUGACGCAGCCAAGAAUUAAAACCAGCCGACGUAAACAAAUCUCCUUAUUUAAGCUCCGAAUGAUGUUUAUUUCGGUCUAAUAAGUAAGUGAUUAGUCACCUCACCAGUCCCAAGGGUCCAUUUACACAUAGAUAUUAUGUAGGCCUAUAUGAUCCGUUCUAAUGACAAUCUGUAAGUUAGUGUGGACUAUUCCAUAUUUAAAUUUUCUUAAGUACAAAUGAUUUAAAACCAAAUGUACACUGAGUUAUGCUUCCCAGUGAGUGACUGUUAAUAUUAAAUGUAAAGGAAUUUAUUUUGUUCCUUACUAAACAGAUGGUGUUUUCAUUUUUAUGAACUGUUCACUUUCAUUUGGUUUGAAUGGGGAUGAGAAGAUAAAGAUUAUAGUUUCCUGUCAUAAACUCACAACUCAUUUUUCCUGCAUAGGCUAUGAUGUAUUUGUCAUAAUGUGACGCAUUUCAAAUGUAAUUCUGUUUACCAGCUGAGGUACUUUGUUUCUUUAUACGUGUAAAUCUCUUGACAGUGAAACACAAGGCUGUUUUUUCUAGGGAAUCUCAAUGGCUGUAUGUGAGGUUCUUACUGAAACAACUUUGUAAAGGGUUUUUAUAGUUCUGUAUAUCAGUAUCUGCUGCUGCAAUAUUACCCUCCAUGCUGCAGUAUUUUUGUGCAUGGGUCUGUCUUUUCAUGGACUGGUUUAUGAUGGGAAGCUGAAGAAUCUUCCAGAAUGCUGUUGAUAUGCUGCUGAAGAGCUGAAAUAAGAGAAAUGUCUUAUUGCCAUAACACAGACGGUUCUCCCCCAAGACUACAUCCAGAAUUCCUCCAAAAACGACUCUUAUCUUUCUCUGCGGCUUACCUUUUUGCUCUCUUGUUGCAUGUGGAUGUAAUCCGCAAGCAUAAAUCAGUCGAGAUCCCAGAGAAGCAAUUCUAAUGCUUGUGAAAUACAUGCCUGUGCAAGUUGGAGAGCUAAAUAAGCCAGAAUAAUCAGCCACAUCACCAACCAUUCUGACUGAAGACAUUCUAUAAAGACAUUGGCAUUAGUUCAAUAGGUGCGGCACAUUCUACACACAAAAAUGUGUAGUUUGUUUUUUUGUGUUGUGCAUCUAAAUUACCUGCCUACGUGAUCUAUAUGAGCAAGCACAUUAGUCUGUAAUUCAGACUUUUUAAAGAGUUUCAGCUCUUUCCCAGCCAGGGUCGUGUGUAUUGAUUUCUCAGAAUAAGUUUUGAUCUAGGGUCAUCUGCCCCUUGCCCAACGACAGUCAUAUACAAAAGUUUGGUCGCCCCUGGUGAAGUGAAAAUUAGUGCACAUCCUUUACAGAGGACAAAUUGAGGGGAGGGGGCACAUCAUAAUCAAAAAAUUAUGGCACAUUUUAUAUUUUAUUUUUUAUUUUUUUCCAGUAUGUUAAAGUUACACUGUAAGAUUUGGGGAUUUAGAGACCUCUCUGGUGAAAAUAUGUAAUUGCAUGCAACAAGUGGAAGAACAUUUUGAAAUGUGGGUUGUGCUUUGGGCCCCUUCCCCGAGCAGAUGAAUCUGAUGAUUGCGAGCACGCUGAAAGAGUGUUCAAAGAGAACUAAUUCAGAACUUGGCGAAGAACAUGUUUUUUGAGGACGUGAGUGAAUUAUCUGCUUUUGUUGGUCAUCAGAUCUUCAUCGAUAUCAUGUUAAUUUUACAUUUGAGACCUGAACAUCCAGCCAGACGUACCAAUUAAGCUCGUGCAUGUGACAUUUAAUACAUAAUUUGACCAUAUUAACAUAUAUUUAAGUUUUUUUUUUUUUACUCUCCUUAUUAAGUAAUGCUACUGCUUUCAAUUAAAAAACUUAUAUAGUGCAGCUUUAAAACCAUCAAAUAAAUAGACAUUGUGCACAUUUUGCAGAAAAAUGGCAUGUGUAAAUUUGCUCUCUCUAGCGGAUGUGUUAACUUAUUUUCACUCAAUAAAAUUUAAUCAAAUUUGAGGUCUUCAAACCUUCGCAUAUGAUUGUAAAUCAGUGCUUCAGGAGAGAGAAACAUGUUCUUUGUUCACUCCAAUCUACUUUGCUAGUUGGUACAAUACUGGUCUUUGCAAUACUGAUAUCACUGAAUGCUACAAUGUACAAAUUAGUCUUCUAACCCUUCAUAAUGUUUUUACUGUGUGCUGUGAGCAUCCUAACCAAUCGCAGCUCAAGACAAGUGUUUCGGAGGGUGUUGCAAUGAAUCUAGAUCUUCAAUCAAUGCACAUUGUGGUCACAAUAAUGCAGACCAGUCAGUGAUGAGUUUUUAAUAUAUUGCCACAUGUAUUAGUCUCAAUCUGUAGCAAUAAAAUGUAAUAUAUUGUCCAUAUCAUGCAUAAUUGAGAAAUAUCCCAGCUUUACAGUUCAUUUCCUUGAUUCAAGUUACAUGAAUCAAUAACUUGCAGAAAGCUAAUUGAUGUACUGAUCCUAGAUCAGCACCCUUACUCUGAGAUGAAUAGACUUGAUCCCAGGCCUCUAGUCUUUUGUAGGCUGUCUUGUAAAAUGUAUGGAUUAAUAAAAGCUGUCCUUCACUUUCUAA